AUGACUGACUCACAGCUGGACUGUGCCCUCGACUUGAUGAGGCGUCUGCCUCCACAACAAAUCGAGAAGAACCUCAGUGACCUCAUCGACCUGGUGCCCGCUCUGUGCGAGGAUCUGCUUUCCUCCGUGGACCAGCCCCUGAAGAUCGCCAGAGACAAACACGUGGGCAAAGAUUACCUUCUGUGUGACUACAAUCGAGAUGGCGACUCCUACAGAUCUCCGUGGAGUAAUAAGUACGACCCUCCCCUUGAGGAUGGUGCGAUGCCAUCUUCUCGUCUGAGGAAACUGGAGGUGGAGGCAAACAACGCCUUCGACCAGUACCGAGACCUGUAUUUUGAAGGGGGCGUGUCCUCUGUGUACCUCUGGGAUUUGGAUCAUCACGGCUUUGCUGGCGUUAUUCUCAUCAAGAAGGCCGGUGACGGAUCCAAGAAGAUCAAAGGGUGCUGGGACUCCAUCCAUGUGGUGGAGGUGCAGGAGAAGUCUAGCGGUCGCACUGCACAUUACAAACUCACUUCCACCGUCAUGCUGUGGCUUCAGACAACCAAGGCCAACUCUGGCACCAUGAAUCUGGGUGGCAGCCUCACGCGUCAGAUGGAAAAAGAUGAAACGGUUGGAGAAUCCUCGCCUCACAUUGCUAACAUCGGCCGCCUUGUAGAAGACAUGGAGAAUAAGAUCCGCUCAACACUGAAUGAAAUCUACUUUGGGAAAACCAAAGACAUCGUCAAUGGCCUAAGGAGCGUGACACCUCUGUGCAAUAACCCCAUGCAUAAGUCCCUGCAGAGCGACCUGGUGUUGGCGCUCAAGCAAAGAAAGCAGCCGUAG